CUCCGCCAGCACGGCGCCGAGCCCGCCCCGGACGAGGGGCUGCAGCCGCCCAAGAGGUUCAAGAGCGACCCCGUGUCCGGGCCGGGCGGCCCUGCUGCCGCCAGCCUGCCCAUGGUGCUCAUAGAGGGGCUGGAGCAGACCCAGCGGAGCAUCGCGCUGCCCCGCAUGAAGUGCUACGCCUUGGCCAACCUGGCCGAGCUGCUCCGCGCGUUCGCCGAGCCGGAGCCGCAGGGCAGCGCCCUCCCCGUGGCCGAGUACCUGCACAAGGUCUGCUCCGUCGUCAGCCUCUGGAACAGCGACGCCGAGAGCCGCUACCACCAGAGAGGCCUGGACGAGAAGGUGAGGGAAGCCGAGAGGAGCAUGAGCCUCCUGUCCGUGGCCAGGCUCUCCGAUGAGGAGCUCUUUGCUGGCUUGUCCUUGCUCCGCAACUUGCUGCACGCGUGGGGAGAGGAGCUGCAGGGCGCCCUGAACAGCUCCGAGGAGCUCUGCUACCAGAGCUACCGGCUCCUCGAUGCUCUCACCGCCUUGGGGAAGAGCCUGGCCUGCGUCGCGGACACCAGGGACCUGAGCAAGGACAAGAAGGUCGUCGUGUUAGAGCUGACGCAGAUCAUCGAGCGCUUUCUGGAGAAGAUCAGCGCCAGCCUGAAGAGCAGGGAUUCGGACGCCAGCCUCGUCUCUUCGGUUGCCAUGACCAUCAUUGAGCGGAAGCUGGACCGGCACAUGGAGCUGUGCUCCGUCUUUGCUUCCGAACACACCUGGGCCUUUUCGAAGGACUGGGUUGACUGCCUUGUGAAAAACAAAGCUCUCUUCCAGAAACCAGAGCUAGUGCUGAAGCUGCUGGAGACCGUGGUGAACUUUACUGCGUCCUCCCAAGACAGAGAGGACCAAGAGCUGCAGAAGCAGGUGACCAAAGCCAUCCUGGAGUGUUACACCGAGCUCUCGCUAACCGACAAGAACAAAGUGCUCUCAGGGGUCCUGGCCUCCUGGGGCGGUCCAGGGCUGUCCCUCAGCUUGCAGCUGGUCAUGGAGGGCUUCCAGGAGGAGCUGAACGUGGCCUUCAACCAGAUCACACAGAGCGUUUCCGACCAAGGCCUGUCCAAGGCCGUGGCUUCGGUGGCCAGGCUCACCCUGCUGCACCCCGAGGCCACCGUGAAGAAGGUCUGUAGUCUGGCUGUUGUCAACCUGGGAACGCACCAGUUCCUCGCGCAGAUCCUCUGCUCCUUCCCGGCGCUGAGCUUCCUGGAGACGCACGACGAUCCGGGCCGGCCGCGCAGCCUGGUGCUCAGGUGUCUGCAGGAGGCCGUGUGGGGGAAGCUCUCCACUGCGCGGGAGGAGGAGCAGUUCCUCGAGUUCUUGGCCUUUCUCCUGCAGCCGAGCUCGGCGGCUCCCCUCGUGUCACCCGCAGAGGUGACUAGAACCUUUAUCCUUCCCUGUCUGCGAUCGGACUGCGCUCAGAUUGAGCUGAGCCUCCAGCUCCUCAGUCAGCUUCUGAGCAUGCAGGCCCAUCCAGGAGAGCACUGGAUCAAGUCCUGCCACCCGUUCCCGCUCCUCCUUAGCCUCUGCAGGCUCCUGGAUGGCUACACGAGGUACUGGCACCUGCCCGAGGAGCAGUGCUUCCCCUCGCUGCACACCAAGGACCUGGUGGUGGACACCCUCUCGCAGCUCUGCGAGGUGCUGAGGCCGGAGGUCGCUCCCUCCCCUGACGUGUGGGUCCAGUCGCUGGCUUGGCUUCACAGGAAGGUGGCAUCGCUGGACUGGACCGUCGGUCUGCGACUGAAGCCGCUUUUUGGAGACCACUUCAAGAACGAGGCCCCGGAGACGCUGUUUGAGGUCUGCAGGCUCCCGGAGGACGCGUGGACGCCGCGGGCCUCGCCGGCGUACGGGCCGGGCAGCGGGCUGCUGGCGUGGCUGGAGUGCGAGGGCCUGGCCGUGCUGGCGCUCGAGGCGCUCUCGCGCUACGAGGCCUUCAGCGGCGCCGACGCGGCCCCCUGCCACGCGCUGCGCAGGGCCAACGAGAGGCAUUUCCUGGAGAGCGUCACGGACAACGUGGCCGACAAGGAGCUGCGGGGCACCCUGCUGCACAAGCUGGCCAAGCUGGGGGCAUAG